GCCUUUCGAGAAAUGCGGAUUUCAGUCAGUACUCAUUGCCUGCAUGACAGAAAAUGACUUCAUGGCGGGAUGACUAUAUCCAAGCUCUUCAGGACAGAGACCAACGCGAGAGGUCCAGUUAUCAAAAGGUUGACGACGACUUGAUAGCUGCUAUCACAAACCUUCUAGACCGUACGGCCGCUCUCGAGGCCGAGAAAGCUGCGAAUCCCUCCUCUUCCGACCCCAAGGCCAAGGAAACGACAAUAACAAACACAGCAAGCAACGGGGCGGCUCAGAUUCGGGGUGAAUUGGCUGAAGCUUUGCGGUCCAACGGACAACUCCAAGCCCGAACAAAGGCUGCCGAAGCUGAAUUAGUCAAACUGAAGGCAAAAAGUAAAUCAGAUAGGAAGCUUAUUGAGGAUCUCUCCAAGGAACGCGCCUUUCUCAACCAGAAGCUCAAAGACCGGGACGAGGAACUGAGGGGGAAAACGAAACUAUUGGAUGAUGUUCAUGACGAAGUCAUCUCCUUGAACCUGCAGCUUAACAUGUCCGAGCAAAGAGUCAAGGACCUGAGAGCGGAGAAUAAAGAAUUGAUCGAUCGAUGGAUGGCCUAUAAGGGCCAGGAGGCAGAAGAAAUGAACAAAACACUACAGGAGUUGAAUGAGGAAUAAGAUCGUCGACGUUCCACAUAUUUCAUGCCAGGUCACUCGAAUUUUUAC